AAACUAUUGCGGGACAAAUAUACACUAUGCAUGAUUUUCACGUUAGUGAACCCUGGUUGGGAAUAAGCAGAAAAGAGUUUGUGGCUUUCAGCAGAAUGAUUCCCUUCACCGAUGACAUCACACCGAGCGACGGCCAAUCGCGUUGCGAACCUCUUCUUCAAAAGUUGUCCUGGCAGAUCCUGAGCAGGUCACAAACUUCUUCGUCUUUGUCAACACAGCCUCUCCGAUGGGAUUUGGCCAAGAAGACAUGUCUCGUCUUCAGAAUCAUGAGAUAAGCGUGGUGAUGAGGGUCUCGCACCUUCCUCUUGUUCGCUCGGUGCUGCAGUCUGUGAGCGCCGUCUACUCAGAUGUCAAGGGUCGUUAUCCUCUGCUAGGCCUGGUGGGAGGAAUCGCUGAGGUUGGCGUCCGAAACAUCUCCAUGGAGGCCAUGAGGAGAGCCACACCCCUCAUGCAGACCUUGAGACCUCAGAUUGAAAUUGCCAACAGUUUCGCUCUUGUGGGUCUUGACCAGUUGGAGAGGACAUUUCCCUUCCUGAACCAGUCCACAGAUGAGGUGAUAGCUCACCUGAAAGACGCCUUGUUCCUGACGCUGGACGACGUGCAGCUGUGGAUGGUGGAGGGGCUGGACGGUGCUCUGGACCAGCUGGAGCGCCUGUCUCACUCGGCCUGGGUGGUGUUGCGACAGCUGCAGCAAUCUCAGGUCGGCCUUGCUGCCACGUCGGGCCUGGACGACGCGCUAAGCCGUAUUGAGAACGCCACCGCCUACUACCUGCCCCUCCCACCCACUCUGCGUCGCGAGUGGGAGAUGAGAGUUCUAGAGUAUGAAGAUGAGGAUGACGACGACGAGCCCAGCAUCUGGACAAGAGUCCGAAGUCUCCUGCUGAGUCUCAGUCUGCACCUGUACCACCGCAUGAUGAAGGUGCAAGAGCAACUGGAGGAAGCUUCCAGAAAGCUGGGAGACGCCGCCGACUCGGCUGGUCUGGGUCGGGUCCUGGAGCUACUGGGCGACCUGUUGCAUUUCCUGCAAAAACUGCUGGUGGCGCUGGUGUACCGGGCUGAGAACCUCAAGGAGCUGACACUGGGGAGGGUUAAAGAUCAGGCCGUGAUGCUGGUGGAGCUGCGUCCACUGCGUCAGAUUCAAGAGUUGCCUGUCCAGAUCCAGCAACUUCUUGUAGACCUGCAAGAACUCUCCAAGAUCCUCCUGCAGCUCCUCAUCAACGCCACACCACUCUACAACAUGCUCCAGCAGCCCUCUGAGAAGGAGGUGGAGGACUUUCUGAAGCAGGAGGACUUUCGGGCCGACAGCUCGUCCCGCCGUGGCUCCAACAACAGCCUAUUCCUGAAGGCCAUGGAUGGACGUCCUCGGCGCCGCACGAGUCUGUACUCGCGGGCCGUCCGUAGUCCUGGUCCUGAGGGCAAUUCCGGGCGGCGUUCCAGUUUGAAGCAGGACUUGGAGGUGGAAGGCCCCCCCCUCCCUGCCGACGGCACCCCCUACCGCCGGCCCUCCGCCACCGAGCUGCUCCUGACGCCACUCAAGCAGUUUGUCUCUCAGAGCCAGAAAGCCUUCGAGUACCUGAACCCCAACUCGGCAGAAGAGUCCGCCAACAGCGCCACUGAUUAAUAAGCACACUGCCGCACUCCUCAUCACCUGACACCGCUUGCAGUACCACCUCCUGAUACGUUAGGACCCGCCCCCUUCAAUGGUGCCACGUCUCUGCCGCAGUUAGCGCUGGUGAACGUGUAUGCCUUCUCCAACAGAGCCAUUUGAAAACUCUUCUAACCGUGGAUGAUGCCUUGAUGAACCGCUACCACCUGCACAGUGUCAAGAUGGCGACAUGGUGCGCUAACAGCUAAGCUAAGAGGCUAAGUGUCACGCAGGCUUUGAUGUCGCCUAAACGAUUAGCUGACCGCUAACUCGCAAAUCACGAUCACGUGACGGGCCUUUGCAGGUGGUAGCGGUUCUCGCAGGAGAUGUGUUUUUAUUUGAAGUUGUCUGUUGUUAGCAUGUUCGCCAAUAAA